UAAAACUGGUAAUCAUAGACAAUUCCCUAUGAAAACUAUGACAGGCGUUAAACAAGUAAGAAAUAAAAAGCUGUUACCGAAUUUACAAAAAGAAGGAGAAUUGAGCAAAGAGAUUGUAUUAUCUACUACAGAAAAACACGGGGUUUCAACCGGUUCAAGACUUUUCUCGCACCAUACUUUGGCCAGUGUUAGAAAAUUAAGUUUUUAUCACCCUUAUUUCUUACCACACGACAGCUUGGAUUUGGUUUUGGCAGCAUCCUAUAACCACUCCACUGAGCAUUUUGCAGAUAAAGAAGAUUUGUACAUACAACCAGAGACAGUCGGUUGCGAUACUUGGCGUCGUCUAAGGAAUACUUAUGACAAGCUACCGCCAGUGGUUAUCCCAUUGGGUCAUCCAAUGAAACGUGGUGGUAUCGCUGAACAGAAGUCACCCUUCAGUGUGAAGCUUAUGAAUUCGGGAGUUCAUUCUUCACAAACAAAUCCCGGCUACAGCCGGCAACCAGCCGGCGGGGCCAUAUUCUUCUAUUAACCAAUUACGUUUACAACUGUAAAUGAAUGUGUAUGUUGCGAAGUAAUCAAGAUUGUAGUAGUUAAAAAUCCCUUCUAUCAUUCCUUUUAUCUGUGAUUAAAUCUAAUAUAUCGAAAUUCACUAGAA